AUCGCGAAAAUAAACGGACCAUUAUAAUCAAAGUAAUAAUUAAGAAAAGGUUUAGAGUUACUCAAAACCAAAAUUAAAAACAUUUUCUGUUUGUAAAAAUCUAGCUGCAUAAAUUAAUAUUUAGUGAAGUUAAAAAUACAAAAUGUCACAAAAAGCAGAUAUAGCCUUGAUUGGUUUGGCCGUGAUGGGCCAAAAUUUGAUAUUGAACAUGGACUCUAAGGGGUUUGUUGUCUGCGCCUACAAUCGUACAGUGGAUAAGGUGGAUCACUUUUUAAAGAAUGAAGCUAAGGGCACAAACAUUAUUGGUGCCAAGUCUUUGGCCGAUAUGGUGAACAAAUUGAAAAGUCCACGCAAAGUCAUGUUAUUGGUAAAAGCUGGACAAGCCGUGGAUAGUUUCAUACAACAACUUGUGCCCUUGUUAUCUGCCGGCGAUGUUAUCAUUGAUGGUGGCAAUUCAGAGUAUUUGGAUACCGCCCGACGUUGUGAUGAAUUGAAAGCGAAGGGUAUACUCUUUGUGGGCUCUGGUGUCAGUGGUGGAGAGGAGGGUGCCCGCUAUGGUCCCUCCCUAAUGCCAGGUGGUCACCCAGAAGCCUGGCCUUUAAUUAAACCCAUUUUCCAAGCUAUUUGUGCCAAGGCUGAUGGUCAGCCCUGUUGCGAUUGGGUUGGUGAAGGUGGUGCUGGCCAUUUUGUAAAAAUGGUCCACAAUGGCAUUGAAUAUGGUGAUAUGCAAUUGAUAUGUGAAGCUUAUCACAUAAUGACCAGCUUGGGUAUGAAACCAGAUGAAAUUGCUCAAGAAUUCGACAAAUGGAACCGCGAAGAAUUGGACUCAUUCUUAAUCGAAAUAACCGCAGAUAUUUUGAAAUAUAAAGAUGCAAAGGGUCAUUUAAUAGAGCGCAUACGUGAUACAGCUGGUCAGAAAGGCACUGGCAAAUGGACUGCUAUAGCUGCCCUACAAUAUGGUAUACCGGUGACAUUGAUUGGUGAGGCUGUAUUUUCCCGCUGUCUGUCUGCUCUUAAAGACGAGCGUGUGGCUGCCAGUAAACAAUUGCAGGGACCCAACACACCCAUUAAGGUGGACAACUUAAAGGAGUUCUUAAACCACAUUAAACAUGCUCUAUAUUGUGCGAAAAUUGUAUCGUAUGCCCAGGGAUUCAUGUUGAUGCGCGAAGCUGCCAAUGUGAAUAAAUGGAAUUUAAAUUAUGGUGGCAUUGCUUUAAUGUGGAGAGGUGGCUGUAUUAUUAGAAGUGUUUUCUUGGGAAAUAUAAAGGAUGCUUACGAUAGCAAUUCCAAGUUGUCGAAUUUACUAUUGGAUCCCUUCUUCAAAAAAGCCAUAGCAACUGGCCAAGCCUCAUGGCGUCAAGUUGUAUCGAAUGCCUUUUUGUGGGGUGUACCAGUUCCAGCUCUAUCAACAGCUUUAUCAUUCUAUGAUGGAUAUCGCUCUGAAAGAUUACCAGCCAACCUUUUGCAAGCUCAGAGAGAUUAUUUUGGUGCACAUACCUAUGAACUUUUGGGUGAAGAGGGUAAAUUUGUGCACACCAAUUGGACUGGAACCGGUGGUAAUGUGUCAGCUAGUACUUAUGAUGCAUAGACUGUCUCCAGAAUUGUGAGCCAGAUACAUAAUAUUUGUAAAAGCAUUUUCUUCUCUCAAUCGUAUAUAAGUCAUGGCGCAUUUUGACAUUCCAUCGGAAAACUUAUUAACUAAAAUGUUUGGCUAAGAAUUAAUUGUUAAAUAAUUUCGAUUUCAAUGUAUUUAAUUAGUAUAGAUCAUGUAUUAAAUGCAAUUAUACUUA